AAAAUACUACCCUUACUGUUCGGCCGGACGAAGUCUUUCCGACAAUCACUGGUACCCGCCGACUGUUUUCUGUGGGUACACGCAAGCACCAGCCGUCAUCGGAGCAUUGGUAAUAACCAUCCGCUGUACGGCCACAAUGAUUCCAUGAAAAUGGCAUUUCCCUAUGUUAAAGUUAUAUUUGAAAUUGGUCAUGAGGCGUCCGUCCGAAACAAACGAACGCCAGAAGGAUUUACUCAUGACUGGGAACUGUUUGUUCGUGGCGCUGACAACACAGACAUACAUUUCUUUAUUGACAAAGUUGUGUUUCAUUUACAUGACACGUUUCCAAAUCCAAAAAGAGUGGUUAAAGAACCACCAUAUGUUGUGAAAGAAUCUGGAUAUGCUGGUUUUCCAUUACCUAUUGAAAUUUAUGUACGAAAUAAAGAAGAACCAAGAAAAAUUAAAUUUAACUACGAAUUGGUACUUCAAGAUCGUGGUUCACCACCAAUUUCAAGAGUUAUAAGAGAAGUAUAUGUAUUUAGCCCUUCGGAAGAUUUCCGACGGAAACUUAUUAAAGGCGGAGGAAUAAGUGUAUUAUCACAUGAUGGUGCUGAAACAAAAAACCCCUCUUCAAGUUCUGCCAUAUCAAAACAAAAAUCAAUUACAAAUACUAAUCGGUUGCCAUCCCCACCACCUAAAAAAAAUAAAAAAGAAGACAUGAAAUUAAAUAAUACAUUUGCCACACUUUUUGGGUCUCCAAUACAGCCUUCAAAGUUACCACUGACUACAUCAAAAUCAUCAUCACAAAAACUAUCUUCCUCGGACAAAUCUCAAACAAAAAUUAAAAGUAGUCCUCAUCAUAAAGAGGAAAAAAAAGAAAAAGAAAGAGAUAAAGAAAAGAAAAAGUCCAAAGAAUUGUCUGUUGACAAAGUAAAAAAAGAUAAAGAUAAAAAAGAAAAAUCGAAAGAAAGUUCUGACAAAUCUAAGUCCAUUAAACAAAGUAGUUCUAAACCUGACAAAAAAGAAUCUACUCAUCAUGAAAAGGUAAAAGAAAAGUUAAAUGAUAUUAAAAUUGAAAAAAAAGAAUCUAAAGAUAAAAGCAAACGCGAAGAUAAAAUAAAGGAAAAGAAUAAAGAAAAGACUCACAAAGAAGAAAAAUCAUAUCAUGAAGCAAAAAUUAUUAAACAAGAAAUAAAAUCUGAAUUUAAUGAUCAAGAGAAAAAGAAACAUAAAAGUUCUCCAGAAUCAAUAAAAAUUAAGUCUGAUAAAAAACUAGAAAAAUCUGAAAAAUCAUCAAAACCACAUAAAAGUCAUAAGGAGCAUAAAAAAAGAGAUAAAAGAAAUAAAGAAGAAAGAUUAUCUAAGAAAGAAGAAAAAUCGAAUUUUGUUGAGCAAGAUACUUCAUUUAAACAUCUUGAUGUACCACAAACAAUUACUUCAAUAGAAGAAUUUCCUAAGUUAAAAGAAGAGAUACCAGAAUGUUCACCGCCACCAAAAGCGAAUUCUUCUAGAAUUCAUGAACCUGAAUCUGAAGAAGAAUUUCUCUCUGAAGAUAGUGAUUCUCCUUAUCAACCACCAGAACCACCUAAGCCUAAGGAACUAGAACCACCCAAGAAAAAGCUUUCUCCAGAAAAUAGUUUUAUAAAAAAGAAGAAACGAAAAAAGAAAGAACGUGAUUCUGAAGAAUCAAAGCCAAAAUCUAGUAGACCAGAGAUUACUGAACAGAUACGGGAAACAUGUUCAGACCUUUCUAGAUCACCAUCACCAUCUCCAAGUAACAAUAAAUUCACUGAUGAGUAUAUAAAUUCACUAAAACAUCUCCAACACAAAAUAAUGAUGUUAGAAGAUGAAGACCUUCAAAGGGUAGUAACUGUAAUAGCCGAAACUGGACAUUAUGAAAUAACUACAAAAACUUUUGAUUUUGAUCUCUGUGCUUUGAAUGAAACCACAGUGAAAAAAUUACAAGAACUUAUCACAUAAUUUGUUAGUUUUAUUUAUACACUUAAUUUAUAUAUUUAUAAUUACAUAAUAUAUUUUGUUAAUUUAACUUAUUUAUUUGUUUAAAACUGAUUACUUGAGUAGCUACAGCAUCCCAAAAUAAUGUGAUUUAAUUACAUUGUGAACAAGUCUGUAUAGUAAAAUUGUACAUAACAUCGAUAAAGAAUUAUGAUUUAAUAUCACAUAAAUAUUGUUGUCCUAUAUUUCCCUGUUAUGGACUUAUUUUUGAAUUGUGUGAAUUUUAAUAUGAAUUGUUUUUCUUUUUAUUUUAGUAGUUGGACAUUUUCUCAUAUUAGAUAAAAUAUA